AAUAACUUUCGAUUCAAAUCCACAACAAAUGUCCCAGUCAAACAAAAUCACACCGCGAAGGACACAAAUUGACGUGUUGAUGAAUUAAUUUAUAGAUAGAAACAAGACAGUACGUGGCCGGAAGCAAGUUUUAUUAGACACGAUUUACUAUUUGUUAAAGAGUAUCGAAAAUCUAACUUUUCUUAUAAUUAUAAAAAUUAAUCAUUUGAAAAACAAAUAAAAAUAUAAAAUUAAAUAACAAAAUGAAGAAUGAACAAGUUGUUGUUGACUAUUGGAAGAUGUUCAAAACAUCUGGGCUGUUUUUAUUGCUUGCGUGCUCCGGAUAUGUUUUGAUUAAAAUGGUCCAAGCAGUCUUCUGGCUACCCCACUAUCUCGAAAAGAACCAACGCAAACUUGAAGAUCUAGCAUCAACCUAUGCUUUAACUCUCAAGGACAAACCAAUUCAAGAAACCCCAGAAAAAGCAUCAAUUGAUGAAGAAGAAUCCAAACCAAAAGAACAAGAAGUAGCCGAAGAAAUCAAGAAGGACAAGUAAAAAUCCCCCGUAAAUGAAUCACAAUAAUCAAUUUUUAAUAUUAUAAAAAAAAAAAAACACAAAAUAUUUUAAUUAAAUAAAAAAUCAACUUUAUUUUACGUUUCAACUACAA